AUGGCUGUUUCGUCAACAUAUGAAAAAGAAAAACCAAAGGAGAAGGUUGAAGUUUUGGCAAGAGCAUGCCAGAACUUCGAGCAACUGGCUGUUAAGUUGAGGUCAACAACUAUUCUAGACGAAUUCGAUAUUUUGUACGACAUGGGAAAAUACCAAUUAGUCGUUGAUGGACAGAAGACGCUGGAUGAGGCAAUUAAACACAACGGAAAGAAACUAGUCGUCGAAUUUUUGUUGCAACAAUGCAAGGAAACUGCGAUACUACCAGUCAACUCGGGGAAGAUUAUUGGGAUACCAGAACAAGAUAUGCAAAAUUUAAAGAUUCAUGUUAGCCAGUCAAGCAAUGCUGGAUCUCUCGCUGGAAAAUCAUACGGUAUUCGGAGUACAGCUAGCAAAUACUCCGAGAAAAUACGCAGUUUCCCUGGAAGGUAUAAUCUCGGCAGAAAAAUUGGAGAAGGAACUCUUGGUUCUGUGUACAUCGCAGAAUCAAAAAAAGGUGGAACAUAUGCUGUGAAGAUCAUCCCCAAACAUGGACGUCAUCUACCACAAGAAGCAGAUGUAGAUUAUUUGAGGAUGUUACGACAUGAGAGGAUCGUUGAGUACAUGUACAUUAUCGAACCAUCUGGAACUAAUGAUAUUCACGUUCUCAUGGAGUUUAUGCAAUCUGGAUCUCUAAAAGAUUACAUUGACAGGAAUGGAGCAAUGCAUCAUGAACUGGUGAAAGCUUACACAAAGCAAAUUUUGGAAGGAUUGGAUUUCCUACACUCGAAAAAUAUUAUUCAUCAAGAUUUGAAACCUGCGAAUCUUCUUCUAAAGAAUACUCAUCGGGAGAGGCUUAUUAAAAUUGCUGAUUUCGGAUCGAGUCGAUUUGCAUCACUGAAAAAAGCGCGACCUGGUCAACAAGGAAGAACUCCUAAAUACACGGAUCCUGGAGUAUCUUUAGGAAGAGACGCAGCGGGGAGAAAAUCCGAUAUUUGGAGUCUUGGGGUUAUUGUCAUCGAGAUGUACACAAAAUCCUAUCCGUGGAAUAUUGAAAAAGAACAUCCUAUCACUAUUCCGAGGAUUCUUGAUGAGACCCCGCCGAAAAUUUUGAAGCAUGACAAUGAGAAAAUAGACGAUGAUCUUGUCAAUAUGGCGAUGAUGAUGCUCUCACCAAUCUCUCAACGACCAUAUGCAUCCACUUUACUUGAACUUCCAGUAUUAGAAGAAUCACAAGAUGCUUCGGAUUCUGACGAUGAUGAUUUUUUCUAA